AUGAGUGAGCAAUCUAAAACUUCAAAUGCAAUUGGUAUUGAUUUAGGUACAACAUAUUCAUGUGUAGGUGCUUACAUGAAUGGUAAAGUUGAAAUUAUCACAAAUCCAGAUGGUGAUAGAACAACUCCUUCUAUUGUGGCUUUCGGUGAGUCUGGAAAUAUUAUCGUCGGUUCUGCUGCAAAGAGUAUGUACACAAGUGAUCCUGCCUCAGUUAUUUUUGAUGCUAAAAGAAUGAUAGGAAGAGGAUUUGAUGAUGAUAAUAUUAAGACUUGUAUUUCAAAGUGGCCUUUUACGGUUGUUAGAUAUAAUUUCCAAACUAAAAAGGAAGAAGCUGCUCCUGUUCCUGGAUCGCAAAAAGUAAUUGAUAAUAUUGCUAUUAAAAUCGAAAAAAAUGGCAAGACAGAUUAUUAUGCUCCUAUUGAAAUUUCAUCAAGGGUACUUACAUACAUGAAAAAGGCUGCAGAAACUAGGCUUGGAACUAAGGUUGAUUCUGUUGUUGUAACUGUUCCUGCUUAUUUUGAAGAACCUCAGAGAGAGAGAACUAAAGAAGCUGCAAUUAUUGCUGGAUUCAAACCUGAUAAUAUUAGAUUACUUGCUGAACCUACUGCUGCUGCUAUGGCUUAUGGUCAUAAAAAGACUGAAGAAAAUCAAAAUAUUGAAACUAAAGAAGAUAUACUUGUAUUCGAUCUUGGUGGUGGUACAUUUGAUGUAUCUGUACUUGAUUUUGAAUUUAGUACAAAGAACGGAUCUGUGGGUGUUGUAAAGGCUACUGAUGGUAAUACUUUCUUAGGAGGUGUAGAUUUUGAUAAUUUAUUAAUUCAAUAUGCACUUGAUGAAUUUAAAAAGAAAAAUGGGCUUAGUCCACAAGAAGAGUUUAAACAGAAUUCAGUUCUUAGACUAAGGGCUGAGGUUACAAGAGUUAAAGCUUUGUUAAGUUCUACCGAUAAUUCUCAGAUUUAUGUUCCUUGCUUCCAUGGAACUGUUGACUUAAAUAUUCCAAUUACCCGUGCAAGGUUUGAAUUUUUAUGUGAUCCAUUAUUUAAGAAUUGCUUAGAGAGAGUAAAGGGAUGCCUUCUUUUGUCUGAAGAUAUUAAAGGAGUGAAUUAUUCUAAAGAUGGCACUAAAUUAUUACUUACACCUGAUUUAGAAGCAAAACUUAAUCAAAUAAAGAGUAAGAUUUCAAAGGUCAUUCCAGUAGGAGGAUCAUCAAGAAUUCCAAAGAUUAAGAAAAUGUUAGGAGAUUACUUUGGACCAGCUAAGGUUGUUGAAUCAUUAAAUCCUGAUGAAGCUGUAGCUUACGGUGCAGCAUAUCAAGCUGCUUCUGUAUUCUCUGAUGUUAUGGGUGAAUCAAGUGGAUUACUUCUUAUUGAUUGUUGUCCUUUAGAUUUGAGUAUUGAAACAGCAGGAGGUGUUGCAACUGUUCUUAUUCCUAGAAAUAGUUCUAUUCCAGUUAAAAAGACCGAAACAUUUACAACUUAUGCAGAUAAUCAAACAGCUGUAACAAUUAAUGUUUAUGAAGGUAACAGAGCUUUAGCUAAGGAAAAUAAUUUGAUUGGAUCAUUUAAUUUAGAUGGAAUUAUUCCAGCUCCCAGAGGGGUACCAAAGAUUGAAGUCACCUUUGAUGUUGAUAAUAAUGGUGUGUUGAAUAUUACUGCUGAGGAUAAGCAAACUAGUAAACAGUCGUCUUUAACAGUUUCUAACACUCAAAGUAGAUUAACUGAUGAACAAAUUCAAAAAAUGAAAGAAGCUGCAGCUGAACAUGAAAAAGCGGAUGAAGAUGUUAAAAGGCUUAUUACAAAGAAAAACGGAUUUGAAUCAAUUUUACAUUCCUUUAAAAGUGCAGUAGAACAACAUCAACAGUUACCACAAGAAAAGAAAGAUGAGAUUAUUGCUAGAAUUAAGCCUUACGAAGAUUGGGUAUAUGGAAUUGAUGGAACUAAAUUUGAUGAGAGUGAAAUGGAUCAAAAGGAUCAGGAACUUAAAGACAUAAUGAAAGAAGUAAUGCCAACCGGGCAGGCUCCACCACCAGGUGCUUAA